AUGGCAUCGCGUAAAAUUGAGGACUCUCACAAAAUGCUGCUAGAUAAGCUUUUAUAUGACGCAGGCUUAGAAUGUAUCAGAUCUGCACAAGAGUCUAUAGAAACUUCGUCUGAAUCCGAAGAAAUGGUCUUAAAAGAGCAAACAGAUGCUGGCGAAGAACAACAAAUAGAGGAAGCUAUUGAAGAAGAACUAAAAUCACCACAGCUUGAGGUAACACCAGAGGAACAACCAGAAAUAUUUCCCACUCCUUCUUUAAGAAGAGUCUUACCAGAUAAAGUUAGAAGUAUACAAGAGUAUAAUAAAGUACACGUUCUUCCAGAAGAGUUUAAGACUGAUGUUGAUCCAAAUAUAAUUCCAAAAAUAAAAUCAACUCCUCAACAGAAAUAUAUAGAUAUAUUGGGUGAUAUUACAGGAUGUACUAAAUACAAGAAGAGCUUGGCUGAAUUCUGGUUUUUAGACACCCUAGCAAAUUUAAUAAGAAGGGCUCAGGAAGAUAAUAUGAGUAGACCAUCUCAGGCGAUACUAAUUUUGUGGUUUUGCGAGUGGAUGAAGGAAAUACAACACUUCGACGCGGCAGAUCGGCAACGCAUGAUGAAACGGUUAAAGGAAAACAUGAUAUCAGCAGCUCGUUUCAUCGAAGAAGAAGAACACCUGCCAACUCCACAGCAAGUGAAUGUGUACUACAAGGCAGAGGAAGACGUGAGCGAUAGUGUGUCUCAAACUACUCCGAAAUCGAAACAUUUUGUUUCAUUUGAAGGCGCUGCUUAUGAAUGCUCAAUGUUGGAUUUGACUCACAUCAUACAUUAUAUAUUUGAUUUAUUCAGCACCGAUUAUCAGUACGACCUCGUCCGUUCAGUAUUCACAUUUACACCCGAAUACACGCUUAUAGAUGCUCCGUUUCAAAUGCACCAUCCGAAAAGAAUGUUUGCGCCUUUAAAAACUAAGCCUAAAAAGGAAAAGUCCCCUAAAAAGGAAAAGCUUUUGGGUAAAGCUAAAAAGAAAGAGCCUGAUAAUGAAGAGUAUUUAGCACUAUUAGAGCUACGUGCCCGUGAAGAGCGCGAGCAAGAAGAACAAGAAGACAAAGACCGUGAAGCCUGGAACCUUAAAUCACACAUCUUACCUCUAUCCUUAGCGGCAGAUGACGACUUCUUCAACAAAUACUGGCCACCUCCACCCCCCGAGCCGGAACCGGAACCAGUUCCAGAAGUUAAGGGUAAGGCAAAGGGAAAAGGAAAGAAA